AUGCCCCCUGCGCCGGAUGGCAAAAUCUAUUCGGCGACAUAUAGUAAUGUCCCCGUCUACGAGUGCAAUGUCAACGGCAACCAUGUCAUGCGACGGCGUGCUGACGACUGGAUCAACGCAACCCAUAUCCUAAAGGUGGCCGACUACGAUAAGCCCGCGCGAACCCGUAUCCUCGAGCGUGAAGUGCAAAAAGGUGUGCACGAGAAGGUGCAGGGAGGAUAUGGAAAGUACCAGGGCACAUGGAUACCGCUCGAGGAGGGCCGCCAUCUCGCAGAGCGCAACGGCGUCCUGAACAAGAUGCGAGCCAUCUUCGACUACAUACCAGGAGAUAGGAGCCCGCCGCCCGCGCCGAAGCAUGCAACGGCUGCGUCGAAUAGGAUGAAGCCGCCGAAGCAGACCGCUGCGGCGGCAAAUCGAAACGCUUUUGUUACGAAUUCACAGUCCCAAGUCAGCGAAGAGCCGUACGAAGCCUCCCAGAUGAGAUCCCAGCAGAUCUUCCGCGAGGAGACACCAGACAACGACACUGUCAUCUCGGAGUCCAUGCUCGGCGACCACGACAUGAUGGAUCCCUCGCACUUCUCAGCCGGCAAUCGCAAACGCAAGCGAGGCAUGGACCAGAUGUCUCUAUUAGAUCAACAACACCAAAUAUGGGCGGACCAACUUUUGGACUACUUUAUGCUUUUGGACCAUGAAGCCGCCUGUCCCUGGCCAGAGCCACCGCAGAGUAUAAAUUUGGACCGACCCAUCGAUGAGAAAGGGCAUGCUGCGAUGCACUGGGCAGCAGCCAUGGGCGACGUUGGUGUAGUCAAAGAGCUGAUCCAUCGAGGAGCGCGCAUAGACUGUCUGUCUAAUAACCUGGAAACGCCCCUAAUGCGCGCCGUCAUGUUCACCAACAACUUCGACAAGGAGACAAUGCCGAGCAUGGUCAGGAUCUUCCAACAAACAGUCCACAGAACGGACUGGUUUGGCAGCACCGUGUUUCAUCACAUCGCCGCAACUACAAGCAGUUCAAAUAAAUAUGUGUGUGCGAGAUGGUAUCUUGAUUGCAUAAUCAACAAGCUUUCAGAAACAUGGAUACCGGAAGAGGUGACACGGCUCCUCAACGCACAAGACCAGAAUGGAGACACAGCGAUCAUGAUCGCGGCGCGGAAUGGGGCAAGGAAAUGUGUACGGAGUUUACUUGGGCGCAACGUCGUUGUGGACAUGCCCAACAAAAAGGGCGAGACAGCAGAUGACCUGAUUCGGGAACUCAACCAGCGGCGGCGAAUGCAUGGUCGGACACGACAAGCCUCAUCAUCACCGUUUGCGCCACCUCCCGAGCAUCGCCUGAAUGGCCACGGUGUUCAGCUAGAUGGGGGCCCCUUGAUACCGGUUCCUUUCCCCAGUAUGGCCGUCCGCGAAUCCACGCAAUACCGCUCACAGACCGCUUCACACCUGAUGACGAAAGUUGCGCCGACUUUACUGGAGAAGUGCGAAGAGCUGGCUGCAGCAUACGAGUCAGAACUACAAGAGAAAGAAGCAGAGUCGUUCGAUGCAGACCGUGUUGUCAAAAGGCGGCAGGCAGAACUCGAAGCAGUACGCAAGCAAGUCGUAGAGCUACAGGGCAUGAGCAUUGGCUUACACAUCGACCUCAACGAUGACGAGGCAGAUCGGCAACAAGAAGAAGAGCUGCGACUGUUGAUAGAAGACGCAGAGUCACUUCUCGAGAUUGAGCAAAAGGCCGAACUCAGGCGAUUAUGCAGUAGCAUGCCACAGCAGAAUAACACCAACUCGCCUGUUGAUGUCAACGAGAAGAUGAGGCUAGCGUUGCUGCUGCAUCGCGCACAGCUUGAGCGAAGAGAGCUGGUGCGAGAAGUUGUGGGCAAUCUGUCCGUGGCUGGCAUGAGCGAGAAGCAGGGCACGUACAAGAAGCUGAUAGCCAAAGCGCUCGGGGAGCGAGAAGAGGACGUCGAGUUGAUGUUGCCUGAGAUCCUGCAAGAGCUGGAAGAAGCGGAAACGCAGGAGCGAGCAGAGGGGCUUGACGGCAGCCCAUUGUGA